GCGGUGUACCUAAGCAGUACGUAAGCCGGGCAUACAUAUGUUUGGUAGAACCACCAGACAGCGAGCGCAAUCUUCUAUCAUUCACCAACGUCAACAUGUCGUCUUCUUUCCUCUGGGGAAUGGGCGCUAUAACAGCGGGCUUCUUCAACGCCUUCUCGUUCGGCGAAGGCUCGAUCCAGUCAGUCCUAGGCCCAUCGUUAUCGGCGGCCGCAGAAGUGUAUCUGCCAGGUAGUGCAGGGUUCACGAAUGCGAGCGCGAGAUGGAGCGCGGCUGCUAUGCCGGACUUUGAGGCGAUUGUGAAGGUGCAUUCGGAAGAAGACGUGCAGCAGACGAUCAAGUACGCAAAUAAACACGACUACCCCUUCCUCGCCAUCUCAGGCGGGCACGGCCAAUCCUCAGCAUUGAAGAACUUGCAAAACGGCAUCGGCAUCUGGAUGCGCGGCAUGGGCAAGAUCGAAAUCGUCGACAACGGAACAGCCGCGCUGCUCGGAGGCGGCGUGCAGAACGGCGAGCUCAUUUCAACACUUUGGUCCCACGGAAAGCAAACAGUAACCACCGGCUGCGACUGCGUCGGUUUCAUCGCGCCCAUCCUUGGAGGCGGACAUGGCUGGAACCAGGGCCGGUAUGGAUUGCCAGCCGAUCAGCUUCUUUCUGCGCGGAUGGUGCUUGCGAACGGGACUGCGAUUACCGUGUCUGAUACCGAGCAUCCUGAUCUCUUCUGGGCGAUCCGAGGCGCGGGCCACAAUUUCGGCGUAGUCACAGAAAUCAAAGUGAAAGUCUACGAUCGAGAGCCGGAGCUGGACCAAUGGGCAGCCAGCGGCUUCGUCUACCCCGAAGACAAACUAGAAGCAGUCUUCGAGAUCGCAAACGAAUGGCUACAAAGGCCCAACCAACCUAUGGAGCUCGAACACUACGGCGUCUUCGCAUUCAAUCCCGACGUCGAUCCAGACAAACCCAUCGUCAUGUUCUGGGUAUACUACAACGGCGCCUCCAUCCCCUCAGCUUUCACCGACCCGCUCUACGCACUCGAUCCCAUCGCCGUCGACAGCAGCGUGACCGACCUCGCGGGCGUGAACACGCACCUCAUGGCCACCGUGGACGGGGCCUCCUGCGCCAAAGGCUUCUCGCGCGUCUUCUACCCCGUGAACCUCAUAACGUGGUCGCUCACCAACCUGCGCACUGUGCUCGACAUCUUCGCCGCCAUGCCCUCCGCCUACCGCAACUCGGUCGUUAUGCUUGAAGGGUACCCUGUGAAUCGCGUGGUCGAGAUCCCGAGCGAUAGCACCGCGUACCCUGAUCGAGAAGGGCGGCUGCUAGUUUCGCCGCUGCUGACGUAUGCUGCGAAUGCGACGUUGGAUGCGGAGGCUUUCGAGAUUGGAGAGAAGAUGAGGGAUGCGUUAUUGGAGGGGACGGGCUUGAAACUGAAUGCGUAUGUGAAUUAUGCGAGGGGGGAUGAGAGUUUGGAGGCGGUGUAUGGGUAUGAGGAGUGGCGAUUGGAGAGGUUGGGGAAGCUAAAGAAGGCGUACGAUCCAGAGGGGAAGUUCAAUUUCUUUGAGCCUAUCUCAUAACGCAUCCCGCGCCCGCGCCUGCUCCGGAAUCCACAGGAAGCGAAACCAACAUCGAUCCAAGAGUGCCUCCUGGGAUUACGUAGAGCAUACUUUCCCCGUUUCUUCCUCAGCCUGUUUCCAUGUCUUUCCGGCUAUCCUCUUCUCGUUCAAAUUUCCCAAGACGACGUAAAGAUGAAUGCUGUGUGAGGGGAGCAGGAGCAAUUCGACGUAGCGGCGUCACGAAGCCCUAUCAAAACGUCGAGAAAAGACGAAAGCGGCCAAAGCAACUAGAACUAAUGUUAGCGCGAG